AAAUAAAUGCGACGCGGCUCUGUAUGGCCCUCAGCUUUCCAGCUUGUUGCGAAAACGGAUGUUCCUGCUGUUACAGGCCCAUGUCUGAAAACCCAGACAGACGGUCACAUUUCCACAGAAAGUCAGCUACAGCCGUCGGCGAAGUCAGAACAGGUAGGCGCCCAACUGUAUCAAAACCUCGCGUGUGUAUCCGAGUCGUGUAACGUUUACGUGCUCUUGCCUUCGAGAGGAAUUUGUGAGGCGUUUACUGUCAAAUCCUCUGUUAGCUCCUGUUAUUUCUUUAUCCGCAGCAGCAGCAGCAAGAUGGAGUGUGAGUGGAAGCCAGACGAGCAAGGACUUCAACAAAUUUUACAGCUGCUGAAAGAGUCUCAGUCUCCAGAUACGUCCACGCAGAGAUCCGUCCAACAAGUAUCCUUUUCUAAACCUGAUACGAACGGUGAAAUAUGUUAAGAAAGGUGUCAUGUCUUUGUAAUAUCGCAUCGGCUCAACAGGCUAGCCGCGGCUAAUACUAGCUGAGGUGGUAGCCGUUAGGAGCAGGUACGCAGGUGUUGACCGGUUCGUGCUUUAUGUCUCUUAGGAAAAGCAGGCCGUGUCGUGCUCUAUUUCUAAUAUUUGUCCAUUCAAAACGCGCAAAAUAUGCUCAGUAUUGGUGUUUAUUCGAGGUUAAUUCAACAGCCCCCCAUUUAUCGCAUGUAUGUUGCGAACACUCAGCAGUUAUUGUCUUCCUACACCUCCCACUUGCGUGAUGCUUCAGUAGAAAUAAUGUGAUUACAGUCAAUUCAUGCAACUCUCCUUUGAUAUAUCAUCUUACCUAACCUCCCAACGAGGCCUGGCAGUGUGCUGUUCAGUUCAGGAUAUAAUGAGCUUAAAACCAAGCAUGGUAUUGUUAGAAUUACACUCUAACAUUAUUUAUAAGUUGCAUGUCAAAUAUAUAAAAAAUGUGUUUUCAAGGCAAACAGAUUGUAAAUUUGUUUAACACUUAUGUUGCAGAUUAAUUUGAGCCAAAUUCAAACAUAGAGAUCAUCGUGGACUUUAUUUACUUUUCUUAAACAAGUUGACAUCUUGUUCCAGUGUUGGAUUUGUCUUUGUUUUUUUAUCCUGGCAUUCUGUCAAGUAGUUCAUUUCUGUGUUAUUUAAAGUCAUGAAGAUUAAUCCCAGCUUUAAUAGUUGAGCAGAUUUACCAUACAAACUUUGACAAUGAACUUCGAGGGCAAAAAACAGUAACAAGACAAAAAUUAAACAAGUUAUUAUCCUGUGUAGGAAAUACUUAAUAUCAUGAAAUGUUGGCACAAGAAAUUUUAACAUAUGAGCUGGAUAAUACUUGGUCAUUUUCUUGUGUUCACAGUAUAUAAAAUUUUACUUUUUAGACAAUUGGGGCGCCAUCCAAAGUGCCUGUUUAUUGGCAUUACUAAACAAAUAUGAGUUUUUAAAAUUAAAGCUCCUGUGAGGAGAUUUUUCAUCUCUUCAAAAUCAACUGAAAUUCAUGUUGAUGCCUUUUUAUUAUACACAAAAACAAAUAAAACCAUCCAUGACAGAUUUUAGAUUUUUUUACGUGUAAUUUUUAAUGCUUGAAUAUGGUGUGAGGGGGGUAGGUGUCAACAAAACAACCGAAGAAACAACUUUGUUUUUACAUUUUCCUCACAAAAUAUUCACAAAUGUUAAAUUUGACUGUUAAAGGCAGCAGGAUGAGAAUUUUUGUCAGAAGAUGAAACUGAAAGUUCAUCACAGGAGCUUUAAAAAAAAUGCUAAUUUGAACCCAAUGUGCAGAGACAGUUGUGUACAGUGAAAUGACCGGAGAGACUUUUUGGUUUGUGUGGCGCCAAAUUUUCUUUGUUGAACAUGUGAGCUUCUAGUGAAAUCUCCUGUGAGGAGCUUUUGAUUUCUGUCGAUUGUGGUCCCCCUAUGGACAGAGCAGUCUUUUACUUAUUUUGUCCUCUGCAGCCUUAAAUAGUGACUUGAUAAAAUCUCAUCCUGCUGACUUUUAGCAGUUAAACAUAUAAGUUAUUGUGAAUAUAUUAAAUAUUAAAAUACAUAUAUUUUCAACUACUCAACACCUUUUCAGUACCAAACAUUUAACGAGCAAUGUCAUAAAACAGUAGCUCUCUGAGGUUUUGAUAUUUAUACAAUGCAAGAGAAAAUGGGACUCAAUAUCUGCCUUUUUCAAAUCACACAAUUCAGAGUCUGUUUUCUUCCGGGAUAUUUUUAAAUCUAACAUCUUGAGUGGCUAGAGGACAAAUAUCAGAUCAUGACCAGACGACCAACAAGCUCUGGUUUCUCAACAAACAAGAUUUUAUAGUAAGGCAGGCAUAAAAUUCAGUUUGAUCUGCACAUGUCCUUAGAUUUUGUUUGGAGUAUUUGUCUUUCAGCACGACACAACAAGCAUCCUGUUGGUCUAAAAAUAAAAAGCGAGACUAUAAAAUGUGUAAAGGUGAUUUAUAGGCUUGACAUUGAAGGUUUGAUAAAUGCACCGGCAUCAAAGAGGGUAAACUAUUGCAUGUCAGGACUGUAAAAAGAAAGUAUGCUUUGGUUAAAUGCCAUCCAUUAUCUAUUUAAGUAUGAUAACACUAAAUUUAGCCAUGUAACAUGCAAGCCCGUUAUAAAUCUGUCCUGUAGUUUCGACUCUGUUGUCAAAUGAAAACGUACUGAAUUAUUUCCCAGAGGUCACACUGUAAUUUUGCUUUAGAUGAAGCAAUUAUGAUCCACCGCUCCGUGCCACCGGUCCGUAUGUUUUCUAUUUUGCUGCACGCUGAUCCCAAAUGAUUUGCUUAUGUAACGCCUCAUAUGCACCGCAUCAUUAACUCAUAGACCAACUCGUAAAUACGCCAUCUGGGUGGAGAUAUAAUGGAGCGAGUCUCAUCAUGUGACAUAUUUAUGACCACCUCCUACAAACAUGAAACCCGCUUCCCUUACAGACACACGCUGCUACGCUGAUACAUUACACCUGCAUGUAAACCUUCACUCAUUCUUCAUCUCCUCGCAUGGAAGUAAAAGGGUUUUCACAGCGUAAUGUAAUAGCACAGUAUAUGCACAGUUGUCUUCCUCAACCACGUCUUCCAGAGACUCGAGCAGCUGAACCAGUACCCAGACUUCAACAACUACUUGAUAUUUGUUUUAACAAAGUUAAAAUCAGAAGGUAAGCCCUCCGCCUCUGUCUUUGUCAUAUCUGCUCUGUUUUCUGAUGGGAUGGUGUCGCUGUCAGACGUGUCGUUUUUCUUUACGUAACUGCUCAGUCAGUGACAGGUCUGCUCGGCUGUGACUUGGCUGACCUGAUGCCAUGGAUGAUGUGGCACUCAGAAUAUGGGUCACUCUAAUUUUAAACCCAAUUCUUGGCAACUCUCAGCUCCGGGCCCAAUCAUCUGAAUAGUAGAUGACUGAAAUUUUGAGUAAUGUUUAAAAGACCUUGGGACGUUGUGCUUCUCGCAUAGAUCCAUAAAUAUUAACAACUGAGUGCAAUCAAAGGUUAACACGUCUUUUUUUUUAGUUGUAGGAAUAUAAAAAUGUUCUCACUAGUUGAAUGACAUCCAAAUUUGAACACUCUCCAAACUCUGCCUCUUAACUCGAAUCCAACUGUGUAUUUGUUCCCAGCUCAAAUUUUGUUUACCAAUUCAUUAAUCAGUGAUUUUCUCCCGCUCUCAAAGAUGAACCAACCCGGUCCCUGAGUGGGCUGAUACUGAAGAACAACGUGAAAGCCCACUAUCAGAAUUUCCCUAAUGGCGUGUCUGAUUUCAUCAAGAGCGAGUGCCUCCAAAACAUCGGUGACUCGUCGCCACUCAUCCGGGCCACUGUGGGUAAGUUUGAUCCUCCGGGUCCGCUGGGGUGUGAAGUCUGGCUUUCAUAGACGCUGUUUAGAUUUGUUUACUCGUCAUAACUUUUGAAAUGAGACAAAACAGAUGAAAUCCGGAGCGUACACAAAGGAAAUAAAAGGAACAUAUAGUAGCAAAAUAACUCGUGGCUGUUAUUGAAUGCUGAAUUUAGAGCAUAUGAAUCUUGAGAUGAAGUCUCAUGCGGCAAAAUAUGAUAACUUUUUUUCUUAACAAUAAAAAUGUUUUUGUAAUAUGUGCAUCAUCCUUCACUAGAAUAGGGAUCAAUUGGAUUUGGUAUAUGUGAUGUAGCCUUAUGGAUCUAUUAUUGGGGUGUUAUUGGUAACCUCUACAGACCUAUUACAGAUAGAUCAGCAUUUAAAUGACUUAAUUUAUAUAUUUAGAAGUCUUUUUACAGAAAAUGUGGCAAACGGUGCGAGAGGUGAUGGAAGUGAUCUCACCAGAUACUCACAGCAUUGUCUGCAGCACAUGUAGGAUUAGAGCUGAGCAGAUGCUUUUCUGCACUGUGACUGCUCUGGGCUAUAUAAUGAUUAUAUAGUUUAUAUCCUGUUAUUUUAGGUAGUGUUAUUAUAUCCUAUUUAGUAUUACUAAAUAGGGGGGAAAAGGAUGAUAUUUGUGAAUGCUUGCUCACUUGUCAUGACCCCUUCACAAACAAGCUCGCCAUACAACACUCAACUCAUGUUUGAGCAUGAGAUCAAAGAAAGAUGUCUUCAUCGAAUACUGUGCUGUCAUUUUUAAAUCUAUCAUAGCUUCUGAGUCUUUGUGAUCUACGCUUUUGUUUAUCUUCUAAUCACCUGUUUAUACAAACCAUCUUUGACAUCUGUUAUAUUUGACCGUUUGAGUUGUGUCGGCAAAGCUCCUCUUGUAAUAUCAAGCUUUGAAAACUGCAACUCCUCACUGGCAGGCACAUUUAACCCUUUGUAGAUCAUCCAGAAUGUAGUUGUGUGCAUGUAAUAUUGUGGUUUUUAGUGGAUUAUGAUGUUGUUUAGUUGCUCUGGUGAUGAAGAUUGGAUGACAUUACAAACAAACAAAGAAGAAAACAUGCUUUGACGUGCCUUGAGCACUGCGUCUAGCUGGAUUUGAAGCAGUUUGUGGGAGUUAAUCAUGUUGUUUCCUUCAGUUUAGAUCUGCUGGGUUAAAAUGAGAGUAUUGUAACAUUGUAAAUUACUACGGCUGAAAUCAUGCUAUUUCUAGACAGGGUUGUCUCAAAGUAAAGAUAUAUAUUAAAAAAAUAUGUAGGAGAUUUUUAUCAUGAAGAAUUAGCCAGAAAUCAUAUUUGCUAAUCACUGAAUUAACUGAGCUUUAGCAGGACUAUAAUUAGCCGUGACUGUCAGGAGUUACAGUAUUUACAGUCAUAGCCGCAGCCUGGAUUUAGGACAACAGAGUCAUCACCUGAAACUCAGUCUGAAGCAGGUAAACUCAUUGUGACAUGUAUGCAGAGAUGUAACUCGCCGACCUCAAAACAAGAGACUUGAUCUGCUGUGCCACAUGAUCAUGAUCACUUUUCACUGAUUGAAAAAUGACACCCGCCCUGACAUGAGAAGUCACAGGAGCUUGAAGUGUAUGUAAAAUUCAGACAUAUGCCAAAUACAUGCAGAACCAGUUAACAGCCAUUAUAUUCUGAUGCUUUAAGCCCCUGUUUAGGUAAUUCUUACAAUAAUAUUGGAUUUCCUCACAAUUGAGAACUUCUCGUCGAUGCAUAUUUGUGCUUUUGUGCCCCAGCAUGUCUAAAAGCGAACUCUUCUCUGACCAGGUAUCCUCAUCACCACCAUUGCCUCCAAAGGAGAGCUGCAGAACUGGCCCGAGCUCCUGCCUAAACUCUGCCUGCUGCUGGAUUCGGAGGACUACAACACGUGUGAGGUGAGGAUGACAAAGGAGACGUGGGUGGGAUCUGACUCCCUGCUUGUCAGUUAGAGCCUGCAGUGUAUGGGUGUAUCUUUGUCAUGGACAAUUUCACAAUGCUGCUGCUGCUGCUGGUGACACAAAGAUGCUUGAAUGCUGUGCCAGAGAAGAAUAGAUUUAUGUUACUAGAACAGGGCGUGAUAUAGAUGGUGUGUGUAUAUAUAUAUAGAUAUAGAUGGCUGAUGGCUGUAUAACUGCAGCAAAAACAGUCGCAUUUAUUUGCCUUUUAUGCGUUAAAUGUAAAUAUUAGAUUCAGAGCUUUAAUUUCUGAUAUUGAUUUGAGGUUACUGCACUGAUUUGUCCUUGCUACGUCUAAAAGGGACAUGAUUGUACUUUUCCACGGUCAAUCCUAAAUAUCAAACAUGUGGCACGUAAUAUAAGCCUCUCAAAUCAGCUUAAUCAGACAGCAUUAAACACAAACAUGGUAUAUAGCGCAGCUGGCAGGCCAGUGUCCUCUGCGGUAUAUUUUGACUUUAUUUGGACCUGAUGGUGAGUCCAUUGUUGAGUUAUUUAGGGCAGGUGGUAGAGUUGCUUUCCUUGAAUAUCAAAUUAAUCUGUCAAGUUCUCUUGUUGAUUUUAUUUUGCACAAUCGGCUCAUAAGAAGUCAGACAAUUUGGGAUUUCUGGAUUUCGCAAAAGCUUUCGUGUAGCUUUAUGAGAGAGAGAGAGGGAGAGACAGAGCUGGAUUAUGCGAGCGCAGAUUUGUGAUCAUAUGUCAUUCCGCACUUGUGCUGUAACUAAGCAUGUCUGGGCACACACACCGCUCCAUGCCCGCUGCUUUUAUUUGUUUAUUUAUUUACUGUGGGAAAGGAGAGUGAGAGCUGGGUCAGCCAUAAAGCAGCAGCUGGACCGAGUCCUGCUGGCCAGAUGAGCUGAAGGCAGCCUCACAGCUGGAGAGACAGCGAAAACCACAGAUUAUUCACCAUGGAAUCAGUUAUUCUGUCUCCAUCCUGUUUUUACCAAAACACCAUUAUGACCUCAUUUUCUGUCUUGGCUCACAUCAUCUCCUAGAAUAGCUUUUAUAACAUACAAGCCUACAAAAAUAGAAGCAUCCCUCUGUCUUAUACUGCAUAUUUAUAAAAGCCACGGUACAGUAGCUUGUCAUGGAUGUUGGAUGAUCCGAUCUGGUUCCAGAGUCGCGUUUUGGUUGGUAUUGACUGCAUGGUUGUUAAUAUUCUGUAUGCUGCAUGUGCUUGUGUGACAUCAGCCACUAUAGGGGGACUAAGAUAUGUUACAUUGCAGAGCAGAGACACAUCAAGCAGCAUAUGAAAUUCAGCCGUGUUGAAGGGCACUGCAAAUAGAUCCUAGCAGGAUUACCCAUCGCCACCUCACACAGCAGGAACAAUCAUAUGAUUUUUUUUUCUCCUUUUUUUAAACUGAGCUGUACCGGCUGAAAUUCACAAGAAGGAGUGUGACAGAGAAACGUCUUUCUCUGUAUUGCCACAGCCUACCCGUCUCCCCCUCGCUCUCCCUCUCUCUCACUCAUAAAGCUCAUUCAGAAGCUGAGAUUUAGGUCAGCUAUUUACUGCAGAGGAUCUUAAAGUGCAUGUGUGUGUACAGGGCUUAACAGUGAGCAGCCACCAAACUCCUCAUAAGAUGUGCUAUGAUUUUGAAAAGCAGCUUGGGAGGCUGGAAAAGCCUCUUAGAGACUGAUGUUGAAGAUGGUUCAGUCUGUGCUGGAUGGAAAAAUGUUGUCUAAUCUUGUGGUUAAAGGUGCAAAAUGCAUGUUCAAACUAUUUAUGUACUUUUGAGUAAAAGUCAGCAUAUUGAUAUUUGCUGGGAAAAGAGAUUCAGCACCACCACAGAUAUUUUCAUGCUUGGAAGCAAGAUCAGAUUUGUACGAAAAAGAUCAUUGUUUCAUUAAUAUAAUUUACAACACAAUAAACAUAACUAUUGUGUAAAGAGUAACUUAUCAGAAGACAUUUUGACUAUAAUUGUUAGGUAUUUGAGUUAUUGUUGCUUAGACUUUGCUUUCUUUAAAGUAACCUCCUCUGGCUUUAACAACAGCUUGGCAUAUACCAGGCAUUCGUUCCACAAGUUUUUUAAGGUAUGUUCCAGGGAUUGCAUUCCAAGCUUUCUUAAGUUCAUCAAAAAGAGACUGCUGAUUCGUGGGACGCAUUUUUCUGACCGAUCGAUCCAAAUCAUCCAGGUCUUUUUCUAUCAUCAUAACUUCCAGAUUCCUCUAGUUUCUUCAGAGUGUAGUGGACUCCUUUGUUAAACACCUUUUAGGCGUUUUGCAAUUUCUCUUUCUGUGUAUCCUUCUUUCCUCAAUGUACAAAUCUGUACUUUUGUUUCGUUACUCAGUUGCUUCUUUCUAGCCAUUUCUGUGGUAGUUUGAACACAGUUGAGAUUUAUUAGGAUUUUUGUAUACAGACUCUCAAAAGCCAAAAAGUUGAAGUGAAUAUUCCAACUGGGAUUUGUGUUUUUGCUUUUGCACUAAAGUUGUGACUCUUGCAAAUGUUUUCAACCCUAAAACUAAGCCCUUAUUAUCUUUUGCUGACAUACAUUUAGCAAUGGUCUGUUAACAUCAAUGUAUAUCUAAAGGUAAAUGGAGUAUAAUGGUGCAUUUCCAUAAAAGCAACAUCUGACCAUGGAGUAAAUACAUCCCAAAAUACAUAAAACUCAUGCUGGAUUUUAAGAAAAGCAUUGUGAACAAAAAAACGGUUACUCCCAACAGUUUGGCCUGUAAUGGCCUUGCUUCCAAACUUUUGGCCUGUAGUGUACCUUCACAUCAUGUAAGGUUGUGUUUUAUUAUGAAGGAAAGCUCUUUCAGGCGUGUUUUCACAGCGGCUGCACCUGCAGCCUUGUGGCAUUUGUGUCAGGUGGAACAAGAAGAGUGGGUGUCGUGGCUCCCCUUGAUCUGUGAUGGCUUGUAUUGAACUUCCAUUAUGCAUCUAUUUGGACUGUCGGAUGCAGAGCUGUUUCUACACAAUGACACAUCCUUUGAAAUGGUACCAAUACAGGUUGAUCUGCAUGCAGUUAGACGUGUGGUCAGUUUUCUACAUUUAUCAUUUCCACGGCUUUACAAAUGAAGAGAAAUUCAAAGUAAUCAUCUGCUUCCUAACUUGCAAAAACCAACAUCGUCAACAGGAGGAUACAAACUGGCUGUUAUUUAUUUAUCAUACCAGAAUGAUGAGUCUGAAUUUUGCAUCGUUAAAUGUCCAACUGUCUUCACAACCAGCACGAAAUCCCCUCAGGGCCCUACAGAGAUAGGAGGAAAUAAAAAGGAAAAAGUGGGAGGAAAGGCAGCAGAGAGCAAGAUUGAAAGAGGAGGAGACAUUUUCAGUAAAGCAUGCUCCAUGUUAUUUAUGAAAAACUGUAAAGCAUUUGGGAGGAGCAGUGUCAAAACUUAGAUAUCCUUACAAUUGCAAUGGGUUGACUUUCCUCUUAUAUGGAGCGCAUGUAUACAAGACACAACAGAAAAAUCAAGUUUGAACAGUGACUGACUUGAUUAUUUCAAGCAGUAUUCUACAUUAAAAAAACAUGAACAAGUUUAAUGUGGCGCAACUGAUCCCUUUUUUGUGAUUAUUCCAAAAUUAUUAUGGCCAUUAAUAGAAGCCUCAGUAAAAUGACUGAUUUUGCACAAUUUUGACAGUUAGAUGAAGCUGGAGAUGAGUUGGCUGUCAGCUACCCAUAAAUAAAUUAUCGCCAAUUUUAUGCUUUUAAAAGUUCCAGCCUUUUUAUACUCUUAUGUCUGAUAUAGUCUGAAAUGUUUACAGAGAGGUCUUGUGUUUGUGUCUGAAAAAAAGUAAGUACUCAUAAUAAAUGCAGCUUGAGGCUAAAAAUAAUGUAAUUUGUAAAAAGUAUGAAUGAUCCCCUUGAAAUGCUAAUCCAGGAAAAUAAGACCGACUGUCAGUUUCUGCAGGUGUCUUAAGCCUUGACGUGAUGUCCCAUCUUUACAGCAGACAGUGUGAAUGAAACUGAGACAUCGAGCAUCAGUGUCGUGCCAAAGGUUUUGAGCGUUGUCAUAGAAACCUUUUGAAUAACAAAAUCCAACAUCACCACUCGUACUUUGAUAUCUUUUUCAGGUUGUGCUCGCUCGUGUAAGGUUACAGAGCUGAAUGCGCCGUGUAUUUAAAGCAGUUACGCUCAUAUGAUUACACGCCGAGAGGCCAUUUGAUCAGUCUGAGUGUCUCCUGUGUCAUGCACUGACUUAACAGAUUUGCAAAGUCAUGUCAUGCCUAUCUGUCUCCAACAGAAUAAAUGUCUGCAGAUGCCAGGCAGUGAAGAGGGUUGACAGAACCGUGAUUGAAAGCUGGUAGCUGUCAAAAAUACGCCUGUCCUUUUAGGGAGCUGCAACAACGGAUUUAGAGAAUUCACACAAAUUCAACUAACUCUGGUCCCUUUUCUUCUCAAUUUUUAAAGUCUGACCAACCUCUGCAGCCAAUUAACCAACCCAUUAAUCUCACGGGCAUAAAAAUGUAUGCAAACAAAUUAGUUUCUUCAGCAAAUAGUCUAUUGAUCUCCUUAGAUCUGCUAUGUUGUGUACACAUCAGGGGAUAUUGUUUACAGGGUCACAAAUCUCUUGGGACUAAGGGCCUGUGUCCACUAACAACAUUGUUUAUGCUGACAGAGCUUAAAACCUCAACUUUAGAGUGCCUCUCACCUUACUAUAGUGAGGUUAUAAAAGUGUUCAGCGCACUUCCACCUCUAUCUACAAUGACUGUUAAGUCUUUUUGCAGAAAGUAUGCUUUUUGAUAUUUGGUUUUAUUUAAGGGCAUUUUACAAAGAAAACAUUCAAACAAGCGAUAGACGGAUCAGCUGCAGGUCUUAACUGUACCCUUGAAUAAUCAAGUGUGAGAAAUUUGUCCUUCAGACAAACCACCAUUGUUGUGGACAAAUGGUCCCACCCCUUCUGGAUUUUGAUUGGUUGUUGAUGAGUGCAGUGGUGGUCCUAUUGUUAAACUAUUUUCAAACGAGAGUGUGCACAGUGUACCAGACAACAAAUAACAGCUGAUGUUAACCGUGUUUGAAUGUUUGAUUAUGACACUGAAUGUUGAAAAUGUUGUAAACAGGCGCCUGCUGUGGAGAAAAAAAAUCAAAACCAACAAACAAAAAAAAAAGCCUGUAAGUGGACACAGGCCCUUAUAGUCUUGGUUGACUCUUUCUCUUCUCAAAAGCUCCCUGACAGCAGAGAUCUUUUGUUUUUAUUAGCGCAUUGGUCUCAGUCACUAAAAGUUUUAAACACUGCAACUUUUAUGUCAUUUUUUUUAAGCUGCAGCAUUCAGUUAUUUCAAGACUGCAAAAUCACAGAAAAAAAACCUCACAAAAUCCUGCAGGUAUCAAUCUGCUAUUUAAGAAGAAUUUGUGUUGCUGUCUGUUUUGGACAAGACACUCUGGAGAAGCAUGAUUUUAAUCUCACUGAUUAGAUCAUUUUAAAAGCUGUCUGCUCUCUGUCACUAUAUGAACUAUUUCUGUGUACAUCCAGAGAACAUUUCUAAGACAAAGAAAGGAAAGUCUACAUCAGUUCACCGCCUUGCUAACAUCAGGAUUUGCAGCAGUAGCAGUAGUAGAAAGAUUCCCCUAUGCACCACGCUGUACCCCUCUCCACACACUCUAUAAAAAGACACGAGCAGGUGUUUUGGAUGCCAAGUACAACAUUAGUGGUUAGCUUUAUAUAGAUUUUGCCUGAGAGCAGUUUUACUGUUCAGAUAAAUGACAGUUGGAAAGUGCUUGUGAGGGUCAAGUUCGGGUCAAACAAUCAUGUUUUGAAACGCUUUGUCAUCCUCGGUGCUCUUUCGUGUAGAAACAUUAUUUAAAGUUCCCCGACAGGAGUCGGCUCAGCUGGAGAAAUUCACCCUCCUCUCUCUCCCUCUUCUCCUUGGCUCGCCGUCGUCCACAUGACUCACAUUCUCAAGUUUAAUGAUCUUCCAGAGCACGACUUGAAGGGAGGAUUACACUUUAGAUGCUUUAGCAUCGCAGGAAUGUUAGGAGGCCACUCCCAUUGCUGUACCCUUCUCUGUUCACACAUGGACUCUCCACAGUGGGAGCUUGUCCUGUUCUAGACACUCUUCCUUCAGACAGGUUAGAAGGUAUCUUCUUAUAAAUGUGCAGGUGUAUCCUGACCUGUUACCUCAGCUGACUUUGAUCUUUUGAUACAAGUGGACACAUCUUUUUUUCCUCAUAAAACCAGAUUGUAGAAGUGGCUCCACUCUAAAUGCUCCUGCUAAUAAAAAUCAGUUUGAGAAAUCGCGGGCCAACCACUUCAGAGACUCUGUGAAUGAAAGCAUGUGAAGGAUCAGCCUCAACCAGCCCCUGAACAGUGAAUAUGAAACAGUAGAAUCAAAACUGGAAUUUAGGUCUACAGGUUUUAAUGAGGUCAAACUGCAGAACUCUCACUAGUAAUUAAAUCUGAAGCUCAAUCCCAGAUCUGGAGUACACUGAGUGACCUUGGAUCCUGUGUUUGGCAGUUCAUAUGUGAUUUUUAAUUGUAGGCAUGUUUAAGUUGUGUCCUUAUACCGUAUGGAGCUGCUGCAAUGGUUGAUAUAUUUUGGACUUUAUGUGACCAUCGAGUCUCAAGUCAUUGGAGGCGCAUGUCAGAGUCAGAUAGUGUUUCUAGAUUACAAAAUCUUGGUUCUGAUUGGCUCACACCCCACAGUCAGGAACAGUGUGUUAUUUCUCGACAGUUUACUGUUGCCAUGGACACGACCCCAAUCAUAGACUCCAAAUCUGAAUCUGCCAGAAGAAGUCCACUCCAUGAUGUGGAAAAGGAAAGCGAAACAGCUGAGGAUGCAGUAGAGGUUCAAAACAAAGAACUCUGGACAACAGCAAUAAAAUCUAUAAAACAAAGAUGGCUUAUACGAUGGCUUACUUAUAGAGUUUUUUGUAGUCUUUUUUUAGAGCAUUAAAAUGUUCUCCUCCAUCACCUUUUUUGCUCCUUUUUCACUCCUCUUUAAGACAAUCAGACUUUUCUGUGUACUAAUAAGAGGAAAUGACUUAAUUCACCUUGGCGACUCUUUGUCUUUUCCUGUUUAUGACCUUGACUCAGUCUCAUCCCUCUCCCUCUCCCUCUUCCUCAUCUUACUUUGCCCCCCCUCCGGCUCCCACAUUUUUUUUUUUUUUUUUCCGAGACUGUUCUGUAUCUGUCAUCUCAAAGGAAUGCCGACACUGGAUUGGUUUCCAUGGCAACCCGUUUCAGACAUUUCGUCGGUGCCGGUGCUGCGCCGUUGUAAUCUGCCUCUCAGACUGCGUUUUAGCGAGAGAGACACUGAAGUCUGCAGCGUAUUGUGAACAUGCAUACUAACCAUCCGUCGAGCAGCCAGUGUUAAGACACACAGAGAGAGUGUGUGUGUGUGUGUGUGUGUGUGUGUGUGUGUGUGUGUGUGUGUGUGGGGGGGGGGGGGGGGGGGGGUCUGUCAGACUGCUUGCUGACUGUUUUGAAGGUUAUUGGAGCAGAAGCGAAUGAAUCCCAUUGUAGAUUAUGGAUGAACACAUUUUUGUUGCUCACACAAAACUAGACUAAGAUCCUCUAAGAAAGCUUCCUCAGUUAAUUAGUCAUCAUUUAUUAGCAAUUUUUUUGUUUUUUUUUCAUCAUUGAUUAAAUUAAUAUUGAUCUGCAAAAGCAAAUAUAGCCAAUUUUUAUAGUUUAUAUUUGUGCACAUGAUUCAUAGAGAUGUGUUAUGAGAAUGUAAGCACGGAUGCAUAUGUGUUUUGUUCUAGGAUCCCCCAUUAGCCAUUACUGAAGUAGUAACUCUUGCUCUCAGGGUCCAUACAAAACAGGAUAACAUGAAACAUUAAUUAAGACAACAACAAUUAAGACAAUACACAUCAUUGGGGAAAAAAAGUGACAAAAUAAAUAUCCUUAAGAUUUAUUCCUCCUGCUCAUCCUCAUUACUGAUUUGCCUCAAAAUAUAGUGAGAGAAAGAAGAGACAGAAAAAAAAUAGUAUUAACGUAAACAUCCCUGUUGUUCUGAUUUAUUGCUUUUGCUUAACCUGCAGUCUGAUUUUAAACAUUGAAUGUAUAAAGAUGGAUGACACGCCUCAACCACCUCUAGUUGUACAAGAUGAGGUAGAAAAAAUGUAUCUGGACAGUAGAGAUCGUUUGAGGGGCCGUGCAAUGAAUGCUUGCACUGCCAAUCGUUAUGCUCCCUAAAGGCACCGUAUAAAACAGUGAAAAAAUCUGCAUGAAAUAUACAAUUUUACAAAAAUCGGCAUGACAUAGAAAAUCUAACAACACAAUCUGUGUUAAAGGGAAAAUAAAUCCGAUGUGCAUUUUGAUAACAAAGCAGUAUCUAUUAUCAUAAAGGUGGACUUUAUGACCUAUACUGCUGCCAUUCAGUGAGGAAGGGCCCACGUGUUUUGGUUUCACUUUUGGGAAGCAUGAUUUUAUACAGGUUAUUGUUAUAACCAGCUUUAAAUCCAGAGAGUCAAGACUCAAAUCUUGAGAUAUGUGGAAAAGGAAAUAUAUGACAUAAAUUAAGAAAAUAAUCAUUAGGAUGAAAGGCAAGAACUUGAUUUUUACAGAACUAAAUAAAGGGUGUAAAAUUAUCAUUAUACUGGCAAUGUUGUACACAGACAAAUCUCUCUUUUUCUGUGUCUUUGCAUCUUUAUGAUUUUCUGGGAGUGGACUUGCCUUCUUUGGGGAUAUUUCCAGACAAAAAGCUGUCUAGACAAAUCUAAGUGCAUCACCUCCAGGGGUAGGAUGGCUUACUCGAAGCUGUCUCUGCGUCUAGACAGGCUUAAUCCAGCGAUGAGCAGCCAGAGGAUAUUUCAACGUUGCUUUUAAUGCGUAUUCCUCCUUGAAUUUUGCCCUGCCUUGAAUCAAUCAGAGCGCUGAGAUCACCACUCAGUGCUGAAUAUUUUAACUGUUUAUGUAUUGUACUGUUGGUUAAACACUCCAGCGUAUAAAUCAAUUACUCAUUUGAGAUGGACUGUUUUGAAAAGUGAAGAAAUGUUUCAUCAUGUUGUAAUUGAACAGAAGCAUCCCUCUCUCUUCUUCCAACCUGAGAUGAUAACAGGGUUGUAAAUCUUUCCUCUGCUGUGUUUCUUUCUUGUGUCCCUCAGGGAGCGUUCGGAGCCCUGCAGAAGAUCUGUGAGGACUCUGCAGAGAUCCUGGACAGCGAUAUGCUGGACCGACCUCUCAACAUCAUGAUCCCAAAAUUCUUACAGUUCUUCAAGCACAGCAGUCCUAAGAUCAGGUAACGCAUUCACCUCCAAUUAAGUAUAAGUUAAAAAUAAUACGCUCUGAAUCUAAUUUGAGAGGGAAUAAAUCAAGUAAAUCUGGUUCCACGUUGCACAUUUUACAUGUUUAUAUAAUGAUCAAGUUUUGUUUUAUAUAUCUGUAUGGCUGCAAGUCUGAAUCCCCUUAAAGCUCUAUUAUUUAUCAUAGUUUUGUUGGAAAUUACAAUCCAUCAAUCUUAUACCUUAAAGUAGGCCAUAUACAUAAAGCCCCUCCCCCUCUCUUCUAUUAUUAACGCCUCUAUCUGGAACAUAUCUUAAGUCAUAAAUAAAUCACGUCCCAGUGAGUAUGUUGUAUGCACUACACGCAUAGUUCAUUUAUGAAUUUACACAAUAUGUUCAGAUUGUGAUCUUUAUAUAAUUGUUCAUUUAUAUAUGUUUUUCUAGUGGUGCAGAAGGAAAUGUGCGUGUGUGUUUGUGUUAGGCUCUUUAAGUGUUGGUGUCUGUGUUUUCCAGGUCUCACGCCAUCGCCUGUGUCAAUCAGUUCAUCAUCAGCAGGACUCAGGCCCUCAUGCUGCACAUCGACCCUUUCAUCGAGGUUAGUCUGCACUCUGUUCAACUCCAAACGACACACAGAACACUGAUGCAUGUGCCAUCAGGGGGCAAACUGUCCAUCCCCAUUAAGAAAAACCCUCCUCAGGUCAUUAUCUCUCACCUGGCUAAAGUGAGUUAACGCACUGACAGUUUGUUAAUGGUUUACCUCUGAGCUCUACUUCGUGUACAGUGGAUAUAAAAAGUCUACACACCCCUGUUCAACUGCCAGGUUUUUGUCAUGUAAAAAAAGUUAAAUCACGAUAAAUGAUUUCACAACUUCUUCCACCUUUAAUGUGACCUAUAACCUGUACAACACAACUGAAAAACAAAUAGAAAUCUCUCAGGGAGGUGAAGUAAAAACAAACAACUAAGAUCAUGUGGUUGCAUAAUGUGCACACCCUUUAAUAACUGGGGAUGUGGCUGUGUUCAGAUUUAACCAUUAAGAUUCAAACUCAGGUUAAAUUGGAGUCAGCACACACCUGUCACUAAUUAAAGUGCCUCUGAUCAACCCCAAAUAAAGUUCAGCUGUUCUAGUAGGUUUUUCCUGACAUUUUUGUAGCCACAUCUUCCAGCACAAGCCAUGGUCCGCAGAGAGCUCCCAAAGCAUCAGAGGGAUCUCAUUAUUCAAAGAUAUAAGUCAUGUGAGGGCUACAAAAGAAUUUCUAAGGAAUUAAAUAUACCAUGGAACACAGUAAAGACCGUCAUCAUCAAGUGGGAGAAAUAUGGCACAACGGUGACAUUACCAAGAACAGGACGUCCGUCCAAAAUUGAUGAUAAGACAAGAAGAAAACUGGUCAGGGAGGCUACCAAGAGGCCGACAGCAACACUGAAGGAGCUGCAGGAAUUUCUGGCAAGUACUGGCUGUGUAGUACAUGAGACAACAAUCUCCUGCUGUCUUCAUAUGUGUGGGCUAUAGGGUAGGGUGGCAAGAUGGAAGCCUUAUCUUACAAAGAAAAACAUCAAAGCCCGGCUUAAUUUUGCAAAAAGACAUCUGAAAUCUCCCAAAUGCAUGUGGGAAACUGUGUUUUGGUCUGAUGAAACCAAAGUUGAACUUUUUGGGCAUCAUUGCAAAAGGUAUAUUUGGUGCAAAAUCAACACUGCUCAUCACCAAAAGAACACCAUACCCACAGUGAAGCAUGGUGGUGGCAGCAUCAUGCUUUGGGGCUGUUUUUCUUCAGCUGGAACUGGUGCUUUCGUCAGGGUGGAGGGAAUUAUGAACAGUUCCAAAUACCAGUCAGUGUUUGCACAAAACCUUCGGCCUUCUGCUAGAAAACUGAAGAUGAAGAGGAACUUUAUCUUUCAGCAUGACAAUGACCCAAAGCACACAUCUAAACCAACAAAAGAAUGGCUUUACCAGAAUAAGAUUGAGACUUUGGAAUGGCCCAGCCAGAGCCCCGACCUGAAUCCCAUCACACAUUUGUGGGGUGAUCUGAUAGAUUGCGAGGGCAUCUCCUGAUCUCCAAAUAUUUCCACAUCAAGGUGUGCCACGCUGAUAGACUCCUUUCCAAAAUACUGAGUGCUGUAUUCAAAGUCAGAGGUGCUGCAACAAAGUAUUAGUUUAAGGGUGUGCAUAUUUAUGCAACCAGGUUAUUUUAACUUUUCUUUUUUUUCAUUUUUCCCCUUAAAGGUUUCAGUUUGUUUUUCAGUUGCAUUGUACAGGUUAUAGGUCACAUUAAAGGUGAAAGUUGUAGAAAUAUUUAUCUUGCUAUCAUUUUCCUUAAAUCACAAAAACCUGGCAGUUGAACAGGGGUGCAUAGACUUUUUUUAUCCACCGUAGCUCUAAAUGUCCAUGUCUGUCUCAAGUAUUCAUUUGAACCACACAUUACAGCGCUUUAUUUAGGUUUACACAAGUUAUUAUAGUCAUGAUUUGCACGUUUGACUCUGUCGUUCUCUCCUCUGCAGAAUCUGUUUGCACUGGCGACAGACGAGGAGCCGGAGGUAAGGAAGAACGUGUGCAGAGCUCUGGUCAUGCUGCUGGAAGUUCGUCUGGACCGUCUGCUGCCACACAUGCAUAACAUCAUAGAGGUGAGUGACAAACUCUUAACGAACAUUCUGGUGUUAUUUCAGCUAAAUAUAGCAGGAGAAGUCGUGUACAACGGCGCAGAACUAAAUUUGGCCAUAUGGUGGUGUCCAUUAGAGGAACACAGUCCUGGAACUUACUGCCAGUUCCCGUCAAAAGCUGUCACGACUACACCACCUUUUAAAAAGGCCCUUAAGCAGUGGUUAAUAACAAACAAUCAUCUCAUGUUUUCUACGUGAAUAGGAACUAACUCUGUAUGUAACAUUUUGCAUGUCUUAUCUGUUUGUUGUAGUGUAUUGUGUGUAUAAUGUAUUGUUUCUAUGUUUUUAAACAUCUAAAAUUAGCAUUUAUGCUAAGUCCAGCAUAUUUACAUUAAUGCUUUUGCUGACACGUCAAUUAAUGUGCAUUGUCCUAAUCAAAUAAACAAAAAAUGACAAAAACAAAGUCUCAAUUAAUUUACCCUUUUUGGUCCUUUUCUUUCAAUUCUUCUUCUUCUAUUUCCUCCUUUUUCCCUUCGAUAAUAAAUUUAUCCUUCAUUAUUCUGAAGCCUGAUUAAGUUUGGUCUUCACUGCUGACCUUUUUGCCGUGUUCAGAAACUUCUAAAAACCUCUGUGUCACAUGGAUCCAUUUCAGUUAUCUUAAACAUUAUUGUGCCUUGAAGACUUCCUUCCAAUCUGCAACUGAGAGCAACAAAGACACAAACGCACAGUCUUUAAUGCUUUUUCAGAGAGCUGCUGUGCAGCACUGAUUGUACGGAAAUUCAAUUGCAUCCACAUUUAUUCAUUUAAUAUUUAUCUCUGCAGGGACGAGUACAAAGCAAAUAAACAGUGGCAUAUCCUACAGAGUUUAUAGCUUCAGCUCAUUUGCUAGUUUAAUCCCUAAAUGGGCCUUAAAAAUGCAUAAACUUAAACAUCAAACGCACUCAGAAUAAAACUAACUUAAUAGUAAAACAGUGUGUGAAAUAUCUCUCAAUAAAACAGGAAGCAAAAGAUUUUACAUACAGAAACUACAAUGUUUAGCAGAACUAUUUACUGUAUUUUUAGUCAUUUAAAGUUUUUAAGGUGAUUUUUUUUCUUCAUGUCAUCUCAGUACAUGCUGCAGAGGACUCAGGACCAGGAUGAGAACGUGGCCUUGGAGGCCUGUGAGUUCUGGCUCACUCUGGCAGAGCAGCCCGUGUGUAAGGAGGUGCUGUGUGGACACCUUUCCCAGUAAGAACACACACACACACACACACACACACAUACACAUACACAUACAAGUGUAUACAAUGGUGAACCCGCUACUUCUAUUACAAGCUGUUGAUUCAUAGCAACCUUGGCCGAUAGUUGUUGAGGACCUUGUACUUGAGGAUGAUAUUUUUCUCCCUCACCUCAGGACGUCUGAUUAAGAACCCUGGCCGUUGACCUCAGCUGUAACAUCUGUCACCACACUGUCACAUUACACUGUGCCCACAGCAGGAGUCACGUGUGAGUGAUGGCUGCUGGGCUUCGACCUCUCCUUGCCCUUUGUUCUCAUCAUUCUUCCUCUGGCUUCCUCUCUAGGCUCACUCCGGUGCUUGUCAACGGGAUGAAGUACUCUGAGAUUGACAUUAUCCUGCUCAAGGUCAGUUUAUAUAGCUUAAUACUUGGACUUGUGGGCGAGAUGACACAUUGCCUCAUGACUCAGGAUGACAUGUGGUUCAAUUAAGUUGUUUAUGUCUCUGUUUUGGAGUAAGAUUCAUGUGAAUGUCUCAUUUUUAAAGACGGUGGAAUACUGAUAGUCACAAUAGCUUCAAACUGAAAUGGAUUUAAAACGUAUUUAAAAUAAGUGUCAAUCUUAAACCAAAUUAUAGUGAGCUUUUUGUAAAUUUUUUGACAUUUUAUUUAAAUUAGCAUUUUUUACAACAAUUGAGCAGUUGUUUGUGCUUUGCAAAUCACACCAUAUUGGUUUUGUUUUUGUCUCAUAACUAGUCCAAUAUCUCAAAUAUCUCAGUUUAGGCCACAUUGACCUGACAAUUCCAGAUAUCUUUUUAUUAAAAUAUCUUAAAACCAGAAGUAAUACUUUUUACAAGAUUGGGAAAUGAUCACAUACUGCCCUGGCAGCAGGGUUCCCACUCAAAUAUGGAAAAAAAUUUAUAAAUUUCCAGGUCUUCAAAAGUAUAGACAAAUAUUUGUUUCCAGAUGAUGACCAUAGUUCUGAAAGACUGUUUUCUAAAUGCAGGGUCCCUGCACAGUUGGAACUUCCAUACUUUUUAGAAUUAUUUUUGGAAAUACCUACUUUUCUAUUUUAGAAAACAGUAUUUUGUAUUUUUUUUUUUAACGUGGUAAUAGUCUGGAAACCUAAAUAUUUUUUCAUUCUUCAUUUAGCAUACUUUUGAAGGCUUGGAAAUUGAUCAAAUUACUUCUAAACUUUUCCACACUUGUGAAUAGAAAAGUUGGUAGUUUCAAAAAUAAUUCUGAAAAUGAGGGUAUGGAAAAGUACGGAAAUUCCAAGUGUGUUGAAACCCUGUGGCAGACAUUUUUACCCAUUUCAGUCACUAGAGUCCUUAUUGUUCGUUCGAUAUCUUGAAGUAAGAUUUCUAUAAAGAGCUGGAGUCAGUGCGGCUCAUAUUUCGUAUAAAGAGAAAUUCUGAAUUAUUUCCUCAUGGCCUCCACUUGUUUGUAGAGUCUACAGCAACAACAAAAGUCAGUCUCAGUUGAUUUUUUCAUGUUUGAAUGAUUUCCCCUUUUCAACAUGUUAUCCUUUUAAAUUGUUGUUUGUCGUCAGGGUGAUAUCGAGGAAGAUGAAGCCAUUCCUGACAACGAGCAAGACAUCAGACCGCGCUUCCAUCGCUCCCGCACUGUCGCCCAGCAGCAUGAGGGCGAUGGCAUCGAGGAGGAUGAAGACGAGGAUGAUGAGCUGGACGAUGAUGAUGAUACUAUCUCAGAUUGGAACCUGCGUGAGUUCAGUGCAUGUGUCGGAGGAGAUGUCUAGAUUUCCUCCCUGCCUCUGUUUCACUUUGAAAUGUCCCUUUUCUUCCUGACUUCCCUGUCUCAAGAUGUUUUAAUAACCUUCACGUGUUUCUGUGUGCUGUACUCGUCAUGUCUGUAUGAUGUCUGUCCGCAUCCUUCUGUGUGUGUUUGUGUGUCUUUUUUCUUUUACCAAACAGGGAAGUGUUCGGCUGCAGCAUUAGACGUCCUGGCAAACGUGUUCAGAGAUGAUCUGUUGCUGCACAUUCUGCCGCUCCUCAAAGAGCUGCUCUUCCAUCCAGAGUGGGUGGUGAAGGAGUCCGGCAUACUCGUGCUGGGGGCUAUCGCUGAAGGUAAAAUGCUGGGCCUGGAUGAAAUGAUUGUUUCCUUCUAAAACUGUGCAGCUCUGAUUGGUAACAAAUGAAGGCAUGACGCUGUUCCUGCCUCUAUCUCCAGGCUGUAUGCAGGGCAUGAUCCCAUACCUGCCAGAGCUCAUCCCUCAUCUCGUCCAGUGUCUGUCUGAUAAGAAGGCUCUGGUGCGCUCCAUCACCUGCUGGACGCUCAGCCGCUAUGCACACUGGGUCGUCAGCCAGCCCCCAGAUACUUACCUGAAGCCUCUGAUGACGGAGCUGCUCAAACGUAUCCUGGACAGCAACAAGCGCGUGCAGGAGGCUGCUUGCAGGUGAGCACGGACUCUUAAAUUUCACUGUGUUUUGACGUUUUCUGCACACACUCAGAUGUCUUGACGUUGCACACUCCGUUUCCUCUCCUUUGACUCUCAGUGCCUUUGCCACUUUGGAGGAGGAGGCGUGCACAGAGCUGGUACCCUACCUGGCCUUCAUCCUGGACACACUCGUGUUCGCUUUUAGCAAGUACCAGCACAAAAACCUGCUCAUCCUGUACGAUGCCAUAGGGACGCUUGCUGACUCAGUGGGGCACCAUCUCAACAAACCAGUAUGUAGAACACAAUCAUGCAUAUUUUUAUGGGAAUUACAAGAGUUGAUGUUUCACAUUUAACUUUUUUGUUGUUGUGGUAGAGGCAAGUGAACUUUUUAAUGCUGUAGUAAUAAAAGAUAAUACCCAGAAGUGUUUGCAUUAAUGCCUAUAAUUACCACUCACUCAUUAGUUGCAUACUGUGUCUUUAUAGAGGCUACAUUAAUGUGUGUUUUUAUAGGAGUACAUCCAGAUGUUGAUGCCCCCGCUGAUCCAGAAAUGGAAUCAGUUAAAGGAUGAGGACAAAGAUCUCUUCCCUCUAUUAGAGGUGAGUCCCUCAUGUACGCUUCUGUCAGUCCAAGUUCUCAAUUAAAGAGGCUGCUGACUGUAUCUGACCCCCUGUGUGUCUGUCUGCCCUCCUCAGUGUCUGUCGUCUGUAGCCACUGCCCUGCAGAGCGGUUUCCUGCCAUAUUGUGAACCAGUGUACCAGCGAUGUGUCAACCUGGUUCAGAAGACUCUUGCUCAAGCCAUGGUAAGUCGAGAAUCCUUUGACAGUACAUCAGCUGAUCCUAACACCAGUUUUAUCAGCUGGUAACACAUGCGGCGGCGGCACUCGGUGUAGAUCAGGGAGCUCUCAGAACCGCGAGAUACAUCUUAUCAUGCGCGAAUAAUUAGAUCUCUUGGGAGAAGUGGUCCCGACUGAAAAACGAGUCCUCCGGGGAUCCUGAUAGAUAAGCAAAUCAACUUUUUCUUUUUUACCUGCCGCCCUUAUUUCUUCCAGCUACAUCAGUCCCAGCCAGACCAGUAUGAGGCUCCUGACAAAGACUUCAUGAUCGUGGCUUUGGAUCUACUCAGCGGACUGGCCGAGGGUUUAGGAGGAACUAUCGAGCAGCUCGUUGCUCGCAGUAACAUCCUCACUCUGAUGUACCAGUGUAUGCAGGUGAGCAGCAGUAAAAACCUGACAUUUCCUGAUGCACUGAUUCAGUCUCUGCUGUGGUUUACCUUUUCUUUCAUCUGUCACCGUUCAGGAUAAAAUGCCAGAAGUGCGUCAGAGUUCCUUCGCUCUGCUGGGGGAUCUGACUAAAGCUUGUUUCCAACACGUCAAACCGUGCAUUGGUAUGUGGCGUCAACCGAAAUCUGAACAGUUUCUGAAUAUGCUGUGAGACACAUUCUGAGUUAACUUGCUCUCCUUCUUGCAGCUGAUUUUAUGCCCAUACUGGGUACAAAUUUAAACCCAGAGUUAAUAUCAGUGUGCAACAAUGCAACAUGGGCAAUCGGAGAGAUUUCUAUACAAAUGGGUGAGUUUAUUUCUUUCUUUUUCUCUGAUUUUAACAUUAUAUCUCUGCUCAAACUAAAGAUAUUCCAAUACCAGAAUCAAAAGUGUCAACAUGCCUAAUCAGACUUUUGGCAAAUAAACCACUCUAUGCAUCCAUCUUCUGCAGAAUGAAUCUCUGAUCUUAAACAGCAAGCUGUAGCGCUUAUUCCAGUAUUGACCUUGAUUUUGAAGUUAUAAUCAGUCAACAUGCAGAGUUUAGCAGUUUAACAACAAAAAUUAUUUUUUACUAAUGUUUUUCAGUGAAAGUAAGACAAGUCUUCUCCAUUCAGAGCUCAAUUCAGUCCCAGACGAGUUAGUUUUUUUCGUCUCUGAAGUGUCGUCUUGGAGAAUGUUAACGUCUCUUUAUAAAGUUGAUUACCCAGAGCCUUCAUGGCUUACCUAACUGAUAUGAACCUGAAUGCAGGGAUAGUUUUAUUUAGAUUUUCUUGCAUCCAACUAAUCUUCAUUUUGACGCUUAAAAUCUGACUUUGCUUUGUCCUCAAGAGGAGAAAACAGGGUUCCUACACAGUUAGAAUUUCCAUACUUUUCCGUGCCCUAAUUUUUAGAAUUAUUUUUGGAAAUACCGACUUUUCUAUUUUUGAAAACAGUCUUUCAGAACUAUGGUAAUAGUCUGGAAACAUAAAUAUUUUUCCAUACUUGAUUUUUCAUUUUUCAGACGUUUUAAGACCUGGAAAAUGAUCAAAUUUAUUUCCAUACUUUUCCGUACUUUCCAUACUUGUGUAGGAACCCUGAGAAGAAAUAACUUUGAAUUUCUUGUAUGUGUAAGAGAAGUCAGAUUGAUUAUGUUUGGUGCAUUCAAUGGAAUAGGAAAAUCUGAAUGGGAAACGGCUUUCAAACUUUUGAUAAGAAACAGAUUGUUAACUGCACUUACAGACAGAUUUCUGUUUAUAGAGUCAGCAGAUUAUAACCAAUAUAAGGCGUCAAUCUGUGUCAGCUGCAGAGCCUCCUUAUUUCUGAUUGGUUAAUGCUACUCGAACUACACCAGAACAGCUCAGAUUCAUGCUAUUUAAAAACGAUUUAUUAACCGGGGUCAGCCACGUUUUAAAAACAGGGGUGUUGAAAACGGUAUCAGAGUAUUGGAACAUCUCUAGUUUAUGCUCCAGAUUUAGAAACUAAUUUAAGUCCACAGAUUUUUCUCACUAUUUUCGACCUCCUCAGGGCCUGAAAUGCAGCCGUACAUCGCCAUGGUGCUGCACCAGCUGGUGGAGAUCAUAAACAGGCCAAACACCCCAAAGACUCUCCUGGAGAACACAGGUACCACUCGGUGGCAGUGCUGAGCCAGCCAGCCAGCUCGCCUGCCACACACAGGGAGGUGCUCACACACUCAGGCCCAUUCAGUCAGGAUCCACCACAUUCAUCAGGGUGCCUGUCCUGCCCCCCCCCCCUGUUUAAUCUCUACCCAAAGAAAACCCUUCCCAAGUCUUGAGCCUUACAGGUUUCGCUGCUUUCACCAGAGCACGUGAAAUAUUUCUGCUGUCGAUUCGCAAAGUGGCCGUGUAAAUAAAGAUGAAAGAAAAUGAAACCCCGGACUCGCCUGGGUGUGAAAUUCCCGACAGUCUCGAAUUAAAGCGAGACGUGUAAGUGCCCAGACUUGGGAUUCACUAAUGUGGACUGACCCUGCACCAGAUAACUGAAGCAGAACAACGUAGAGCAGAGAGAGAGAGACGGAAAGGAGAAUUCACACAGUUAGCUUCUAACACUUAAAGAAUAAUCACUCAUGAAUGAUUGACAGAGCACCUAAACUGACUAAAUGUAGGAGACCCAGACUAGAACAUUUUAAUAAAAGGUUACACUCUCGCUCUUGUUAUUGCAGUCCAAUUGGAGAAAGUAAGAGUCAAAUAUCCUAAAAAGGAAAGCAUUCAAGGGCCAGGUGUAACCAGCUAAAAUCUAAUGAACCUAGGGACUCUGUAGAUGUGUUCCUGUUUGUUUGCUGUCAGUUUAUUUGUUGCUUUUAUUUACUGUUCUUUAAAUGUGGAUGCAUAUCUGCCAAUAGAUGUUAAAUGUUGUUAAGAAUGGCCAACGUUUGAUGCAGGAUACAUGAGAAUUACAACUGUGAUGCUAUUUGGGCUUUGUUUGAUUGAUGUUUCUUCCAGAUCACUAAACCGUCUCUACUUUUUCGCUUGAUUUCAAUGUAGCGAUUGAAAACCAGAGGUAGGGCUGGGUAAAAAAAAAAAAUAAUUCUAUAAAACUGAUCUCUUAAAAUCUGACACUAGAAAAACUUUUAAAGAUGAAACAGAGCCGUAUGCAAGACGUGCGACAUAGGGCUUGGCGAUUAACGGAAAAUUUACAGAUACCAAAAUUUACGACAAUAACCAACGUCAUUUUGCCCAUAUCGGUACAUUUGGUGUCAAAAAAAUAAUUAAAUAAAAGUUGUGUUUGGAUGUGUGUAGGUAGGCUAUGGUCUCGUGCCCCUUUAAGACGCUGUAGUCUGUAACAAAGAGGGAAAGGCAGGUGAGGAGAUGGAGGACAGAUCAAAAGUUGUAGCAGCUGAAGUAGACGAAGUUAAUGUGGGAGGGGGUGAGCAGCUUGUGAAGUAGUUAUCGUCCAUUCAUCGUUAUUGAGGUGAACUGUCAUUUAUCGUGAUAUUGAUUUGAGGCCAUAUCGCCCAGCCUUAGUGCAAGAUGAUAGUGAAAUACUGUGGAGAUACUGCAGACUUUCUAAACCAGUCAGCAAGGCAUCACCCACACAUGCAUUUUGCAAAAACAUAAGAUGUGAUACAGACCCCACUGGAGAAAGUUUUUAUAUUUAAGUUACAAUCCAGCUCUCUGCACACCUAAGAUUUAACCGAGGCUGUUGCAACCUUUGCAUACAUCGACAUUUGUCUCUACAGCCUCAUUAACAUACUUCAUACUCCAAGAAUGGCUAUAAAUCAAAUCACUUCACACCUCGAGUCUAAUUCUAACAAUGAAUGGGAAUCAAGAUAAUAGAGGCAGUCAAAGUUGAUACCCAGCCCUAACCAGCUAAAAAAAACUGAUUCACUGAAGUUCAAAUGUGUCAAUCAGGUCUGUCAUAGAGAUUUCUAUAAGAACCAGAUGAUCACUGGUGCCAAAUUUGAAUUGGCCGGUCAUGUAAGAGUGAAAUAAUCUCAAAGGUUUGUCUCUGAUUGAUCUAUCCUGCACUGAACUGUAUUCUAAUGAGCAUACCAUCUGCUUUCUGCAUGUGUCAUUGGACUGUUCAUAAAUGCCUGUUUGUUAAUGAGAAUGUUGCAUAGUUUUGUGUCUCUUAAACUUAGGUCCUCCCUCCUCCUCUGCCUCAUAAGAACCUGCUGUGCUGGAUACUAGUCUCCCUCCAUGUAGUUGGCUUGGAGUAAUCUUGUCAUUUCCUUUUUUUGAAAAGAACAAAAAAAAAAAAAAAAAAACACAUUUCUGUUUCUUCUGAAAAAUUAACAUUUUUGUGAGUUUAAGGGAGAAAUCUCUGGUUAGCCUGUGAACCAUUUCCAAUCAAGCUAAUGCCUCUGAAUCAAAGACUUUGACCCGUAUGAUUUGUGAAAGCAGAUGCCAUUGUUUGCCUUUUUUCUAUGAAUGUCCUGUCAAUGUGUUCUCCCUUAAACGUGUUGUAUGUUUUUUUUAGAGUGUCAUAUUUUACAUUCCUCCCCUCCUGACAGACGGGGGCAGUAAUAAUCAACACUAGUGAAAUCUUCUCUUUAUUAUUAUUAUUAUCAUACACAGAUUCUGUUGAUUUAUGUCUCUGAGUUGUUUGUUUUUUCUUUAUUUUUUCUCCUCCCCCCUCCUCAUUGCUCAUGUCUUGGUUGGCGUUUGGUGGUGUGUAACCGUGAUUGCGUUACCUUAGCAAUAACAAUUGGUCGUCUUGGUUACGUUUGUCCUCAAGAGGUGGCACCCAUGCUACAGCAGUUUAUAAGACCCUGGUGUGUAUUAUUCAAUCUUUUAUUUAAUUCAUCUUCUCUCUGCUUUCUUCUGAUCUCCUCUGUCGUCUGUCUCCUGUUGCUCCUUUUCUCUCCCCCUGUUGCUCUCCUCUCCUCACUUUCCUCUCAGAAAAAGUCUUUUCAGUUCUUUCUUUUCGUUUCUUAUCAGUUUGUAAUCAUUGCCAACCAUGUGACUAACCCUGUCCUCUUUUAGGUCCUACCUGUGAUUUGUUUUUCUUUGCCUCAGUAGCACCUUCAUGUAUUAUACAUUAAUUUGUUUAAUUUCUAGUUUUUUCGUCAUUGUUAAUUGUCGCUAACCUAAAAGAUGCAUGGGAUCAGAUUUGUCACAUGCCUUGCUGGUUCAACAACAGAGAAAGGGUGCAGUCUUUUGCUGCAAAAACAAAAACAAAAAAAAAGAAAGCAUUUCCUAAAUCCCUUUCUCGUUCAGUAGUCACCCAGCUGCAUGUGCCUGUCCCAAAAAAAAAAUGACCCCAAACCACUAGUCAAUCCUUUUAAAGACGUAAUGUUAUAUUCAAGGUGCUAUAGAUGAGCUUUUGCUGAACACACUGCUCAUAGACCAAAGUGAACGUAGGAGAAGUCAAAGUAGCUUUGUUUAAAGUGAAAAUGUUUGUUUUAUUUGAACCUGUUUUGUGUGCAUGCUUGACUUGUUGUGGUUGUAGCUCAGGACAUUAUAGACACAUUUUUUUCUCCUCACAUGGAUGAAAACAUAAAGUCUGAACUCAUGAGAAAGAAAUUAAGACACUUAAUCUAGGGCUGCACAAUUAAUCCGAUUUUGAUUGCGAUGGCAAAUUUGGCUUUGUAACGGGAUUGACGCGAUUAUUGACUAAAGCAAAGCAGAUUGAGGGCGAGAAGGGGCCUGAGGUCAGAAUAUCUUCAGUAUCUUGUUUGGCUUCACAAACCGUGACAAAGAAGGUCAGCAAGUUAACCACCUUAUUAGUCAGUCAAAGUUACUGUGAGCCAGGUCACAUGAACAGGGGUGUUAAAGCUCCUGUCAGGAGUUUUUAAACUCCUUAAAAAUAGACAAAAACUCCUAUCAGUGUCUUUUUAAAAUAUCCAGAAGCAAAUAAGACAAUCAGUGUUGAGACUGACAUUUUUAUUUCUGUAGUACCUAAAACAGGUGGGGUGCAAGCGGGUAGGUGUCAGUUUUCCACAUUUAACUCACAAAAAAAAUAUAUAUACUAUUAAAUAUUGGGAACUGUUUGUGAAAGGACAGUACUUAAGCAUGUAGAGGACAAGACAAGCAAAGACUAAUUUGUCCAUAAGUGGAGCCCAAAUUGACAUAAACAAAGGAUCGUCAGAGGAGCUUUAAAUACACAAGACCAAACACAAUCAUGGAAAUUAAAUGUAAUUAAUUGUAAUACAAAAUCCGGAUCAAAACCAACACAGCAGUGUUUGCAAAAUUAAGAAAAACGUGUCAGAUAAGACAAGAGCUUCUGCAGUGAAUGUGUAGAUUAGGACUUCAGACCUCUUUCCUUCUGGACAAGCUCACAGAGCUUCAUGAUCGAGCACACUGCUUGGUCAAUAGGCGAAUUUAACCAGUUGUGGAGCUGGUUAGGAGUCGAGCAUAAAUUACCUCAAUAACACCAAAUCCUGCUUCUCUUUAGCGUGCGUGCGUGCGUGCAUGCGUGCGUGCGUGCGUGCGUGUGUCAGUACAACAGAGGUCAUAGUGUAAAUGAGCAUUGGCGUGUUAAUGAUGAUCAUCUUGGUUAUAAUUGUGCAGCCCUAACUCAAACAUACAUUUGUACCGAGGAUUUUCACAGAUUUAAUCAUAGCUUAUCGUUAGGUUUGAGUAUGUGUAUGAAUUUCUUGCUUUAUGAGUUUUUUUCUUUUGUUUUGUUUUAUAUCCCUGAUAUUAAAUUUGCUCGUCACUCUCGUCAGGUGCUCUUCUCUGCGAAAUAUAAGAGACAACGAAGAGAAAGACUCUGCAUUCAGAGGAAUUUGCACUAUGAUCAGUGUAAAUCCAGGAGGUGUUGUGCAGGUGAGACUCACCUAAACGACAGAGUAUCAUGACUGUGUUUUGAGAGGCUCAACAAAACAAAAUGUUUUCUUCUCCUUGAACAGGACUUUAUAUUCUUUUGUGAUGCAGUGGCCUCCUGGGUAAAUCCAAAAGAAGAUCUCAGAGACAUGUUCUACAAGGUAAAGGCUGGAAAUGAACACUUCAAAACACAGGAGCAUCAAACUUAGUGAAAUAAACUGAACAGUGAUUGUAUUUGCUCAUGCAGUAAACCAGUAUGCCCCCUAGUGGCCAAAUGGAAGACCUGCAGUAUCUACAGUUAACACAUUUGCCAGGCACAGGAUCUAUUUUGAAAGGCAGCUCUCUCGGAUAACUUGGUAUGAACCUCUCUCGGUGUCUGGUUUCAGAUCCUCCACGGGUUUAAGAACCAGGUGGGCGAGGAAAACUGGAGGCGCUUCUCAGAUCAGUUCCCUUUGCCGCUGAAGGAACGGCUGGCAACCUUUUACGGGGUGUAACUGUUCCCACAGCAGUGUGCCUCAUUACUGGGGUCAGUGUCUAUAUUGAUAUCUAUGUUUUUCUAUAAAAUGUGCUGUUUACAGUAAAGAAGUGUCCCUGAGGAAUUGCAUGAAAUCCUUACAGAAAACUAGUUAUGGGCAUAGAUACAGUGAAAUGAUAUGUUGCACUAAGAAAGUUAUAAAUCAGUUUAUAUAUGAUGCUUUGUAAUUAUGUUAUUUGUACUGCUUUACAAUCAGCCAGAGGAUACAUUGCAACUUCAAAAUUUAGGGCCUGUGUCCACUGACAUCUGCUUUCUACCCUGUCAGCAUGAAAGUAAACUAUAUGCAUAAAAUGCAAGGUCAAAGUAGACAUUAAAACUUUUUGGAGCCUGAUAGGUAGAUUUUUUUUAAAUUAACUAUCAGCUAAAAAUAAGCACCGCAAGUGUUAAAAAAUAGACACAGGCCCUAAUGUUAGGAAACUAUCACAGCUUCAUGUAAAUUCCCAUAUCCGCAAAAGAAAAAUCACAGUUAAAGGUUGAAAUUAAGUUGUUUUGGAGCCUUAUAUGAAGAUUUUUUUAACCAAUACUAUCUUUAAAAAAAAAAAAGUAAUGGACACAGGCCCUAAUGUUAGGAAACUGACACAGCUUCAUGUAAAUUAACCAUAUCCGUAAAAAAAAUCACAGUUAAAGGUUGAAAUUAAGUUAUUUUGGAGCCUGAUGUGAAGAUUUUUUUUAACCAAUACUAUCUUUAAAAAAAAAAAGAAAAAAAGUAAUGGACACAGGCCCUAAUGUUAGAAAACUGACACAGCUUCAUGUAAAUUAACCAUAUCCCAAAGAAAUCACAGCUAAAAGUCAAAAUUAACUUGUUUUGGAGCUUGAUAUGAAGAUUUUUUAACCAUGAUUAGGCUGUUAUUGGUCAGACAUACAUGUAGAAAUGUACUGCACAUAGAUUAAAGCAAUAUACCUCCAUGUUCUGCUUUCAUUAGGAUUUUCUUAAAUUUGUCCUUGUGUAGAAUAACUCAUUUUUCAGUACGACACUAUCUCUGAAAAGGUUGAGGAUUUUGUUCAGUUUCAUGAAACACUGUGGGGUUUAUUUGUGUCGACACAGUCCCUUAGGAUGACUUUCUCUCUGUUUCCCCAGGUCAUCCGCCAUGGGAGACAACAUAGGGAACCUCUUUUACCCAGGGAACACGUUACCCUUUAUCGGGGGGAAGGGUCUGCCUGCUGAGGGGGAGGGAAGGGGUGCUGACCCCUCCCCGACCUGACGUACGGGGGUGGGAGGGAGGUGGUAGCUGCAGUGCUCAGUUCCCCCAUGCACAGGCAAGGUGGCGGGGAGGGAGGGACUGGCAGAACAACCUUAUCAUGGGAGGAAAAUUCAUCUUAUCACAUCUCUGUCAGAAACAAUGAACUUUAUUACCUUUUUUUCUCUCCAUUUAUCCCACAAGCAUCUUAUUUCCUGUUACCUGAGCUACUGAAAAGACAUGGGAGCAGAUAUGGAAUGAAAGUUGCAAAACUCUGUAAAGCAUUUGCUCUUUGAUUUAUGGUUAAGAGAGGAGCAGAAACAGUUUCUAGGAGCGGAUUCAUGGUAAUAUAAGCCAGGUUAUUGGCACUUUAUUCCUGUUAGGUCUGAAUUCUACCAGUGGAGUUAAGUUAGAGGUUCAUCAAGAGACACUUUCUCUAGAUAGCUUAAACCUAGCAGCUAAAGCUUGGAAACAUCAUAUUGGAAGAUGUAACCUGAAGGAUUUAGUUUUAAAAAUGCUGCAUAUCAACAAGAGUAAGUUAUCAUUAAUAGGUUUUCAGAUUAAUUUCAGUGAUCUUAUUCUUUAGCAGGGCAAAGGCUGUUAACCGUGUCACUAAAGAGCACAAGAGUUUCUUUUAAGAGCAGCUUCUCUGGGAGUUUGUAGCAUGCUUGUAUCAUUGUGAUAAGCUGUGGAACAUUAGUGAUGUGUGUUGCGUUUGAGAGCCGUCGUCAGCCCUGUGAUAAGGUUCUUCUUUAACCUUGUACUUUCUCUAUUUACACUUCUUUUUUCAUUUCCUUUUUACCAGAGUAUUACAGCAGUUUAGCUGUAGUGUAGCAUGACUGGGGUUUACACACGCGGAAAUUUUAGGAAAAUCUUGGCUGUGAUGUGACGUUGAGGUUCGGUUUUGUGGCGUGUACGUGUCCUGGUCGUUCAUCAGCAGGCAUUGCAGGAGCUUUAACUGCUUUACAAUCCUUUCUAUUUGUGAGGACGAGAAAUGAAGGAGAAGCACCAUGACGACACAAAUCCCGUCUUAGUGGUUUUUGUGAUUUUUUUCGGCUGUGAGAACCUUGCUGUCCAUCGAAUGAAUGUCCGAUGUGUUUCUUUCUAAAUGUUUUUUUUUUUUUUUUUUUCUUGGGUGUUUGGCUUCUUGUGCUAAAAGCAUGAUCUGGGGAUGACUGUAUAAUGUUUUGGGUGGUUGUGUUUUCGUGGGGUACUUGGAUGCUUUCAUCUCUUGCAUGUUGGUGGCCCCUCACACCCCAACACAUAGUGUGAACGGGGAAAAACCGGGAGGGAGGGGUGCUUCAAUUAAAAAACCACAUAUUAACCAUUAAUGUAUUACAACACUGGGGCUUUUAUAACGUCACAUUUCGUCGCUGGAGUCUCCUCCCUAAAAUUUUACCCCCAUAGCUGGAUGUAUAGUUUUUAAAUACUGUGAAACUACAACAAUGUUCUCGUCUCUGGUUGUGUUUGCGCUGUUCUAUUUUAUAAAGUGUGUAAGUGUUUGAGUUACAAACGGCCUGAAUGUAUUCCAUGAUGGGUUGGAGCGAUGGGAGGAUUUAGUUUGUCGGAUUGUUUUGUUUAUUUUUAUGCCCAGCCAGUAAUUUUUUUCUCUGCUGGACAGAGUAACAACUGCAGUAUUUAAACCCUUUGUGAUGCACAUUAUAAAUGCACUUAAGAUUUAAAUAGCAAGUGCAUUAAAUAAACAAUGUAGCCAAACCCUCGAAUAUGAGCUUAGUUUUCACAGAUUAAGGAAUUGCUGCUAAAAAUGUAUUUAACUAAUGCAAUAAAAAUGAGGUUAAGAGACUGUCAAGCAGUUUAGUGUCUUAGACAAAUAGUCACAAUGUGGAGUAUACGAAAUAACUGGUGUGUUAGAUUUAACAUUAAAAGUAGUAAUACAGGAUUUACAUAAUGCAUCAUGGAAUACAGAGGCAAAUACUUGUAUGUGCCACAUCAUUUUGUGUUUUGAAGUGAUUUUGUCUUGUCACAUUCCAGCUGUUUGGCAUGCAAAAAACAGAGCAAUUACAGCUUGUUGGGGUGUGUGUAUGUGUGUGCGCAAGAAGUCCCGUUAAAGGUCGACAAAACACGCACAACUAUCCCCACCAUUACUGUGCUGUAUUUCUGACUCGACUGCUGCUAUACAUUGUAGUUGUGUUUCACUACUUGAAUAUGUGUUUCCUAUGUGUUGACCUCAGGUUGUCUGUGUUCAGUGUUAUUUGUUUUAUCAUUUCCCCCCAAUGUGUAUGCCUUUUUCUGCAUCUCCUCUCAACAAACUAAAGAUUAGUUGAAGUCUUGCCCAUCAUAGUAGAAACGGAUAACCAUGGGUGUUAAUUAGUGUCCUUAUGUGUGCAGCACUGCUAGCUGAUUACAACUGCAAGGCAGGGGGAGUAUAACAUGGUAACUUGCACAUAGUCUAUGUGCUUUUAUUGUCAAAAGUGAUUGUUAUAAGACUAUGGUUAAUAUUUAGUGCACAUAAUGCCUUGAGAGCAAAUACUUUGUUGGCGUUUUGCAAUAGAUAUACAGUAUUCUGUAUCUAAAGAAACACCUAAUUUAAAUGCAAAGAAGUAGGUUGAAAACGUAAAAACAUUGUUACCAAACAUAAUGUUUGCAAAUAUCACUUUGACUUUCUAUGAAGCUUUAUUGAAAAAUUUGUAUUUUAUAAAGCACCCACCAAUAUUAAGGAAUGUCUAGUCAAUGAACUCCUGUAUUCUCAUUUAGCCUUCAAUCUUGAUUAGACGAUCUGCCUUCAUCUUUUUUGCUAAGAGAAGCAAAAACAUCAUUUUGAUAGACAUGGUUUGAUUUUCUUUUUUUUUUUAAUAAGCUGCUGAAUUUUAAAAAAGUAAUACUUUUGGGGCCACCAAAUAUUUUGGAUCAUGCAAAGAAUCUAUAUUGUACUGUAGUAAUUUUGUAAUAUUUGUAAGAUGAUAUAGUGGAUGUGACUGGUUACCAUUGCUUGAAUCUGUACAUUGUUCCAAUAAAUUGUUUACAUUAGUA